AUGGACUGUCCCCCUGUCCUCGUGGCUGUCUGGGCCGCGAGGCAAAGGCAGCUCCCGGAGUUGCCCCAGCAUCUUUGGCAGAAGGUUCAGGCUUUCGCCGGCGCGGACUAUUUCAUUGCGGACUACUUCCCGGAAGACCUGGAAGGUUCCUUCCUUCUGAAGCCCCGUGGCGUCCCCACCCCGGGGAUUCCUGGAGAUGGCCAUCGCGAUCUCCAGGUGCUCUUUGUGGGAUCGACCCAUGGUUGGUCAGCCUCGGACACGCUGUGGUACAACCCCGCAACCACUUCCAACCGCCUGCCCAAAGUCGUGGCAGACAUGAUCAGGCCUGGCUGGGAGGCCGAGACGAGGUGGCCCACGAGGCUUUGCUGCGAGACCGUCUGGGCCUUGGAGUCUCCGGAAGAGAUGUUCCUGGCAAGGAUGACCCUGUUUGAUUGGCAAGGCCUCUACGACAGGCAACAUGUUGGCAGCCCAGGCUGGGGCUUACACAUGGAGCUUGGAAGGGGAAACAGGAGACAGCGAGAGAUGUGGGGCGACAUGCUUGCACAGUAUGAUAGCUACAUCUUCUACUACUCCCGUGCCUGCUCCUGCUCCUUCGGCUUCGUAUGCAACCGAGUCGCACAGCUGCAGGAGGCCCGGGCCCAGGAAAGCUUUCGCAUCGAGGAGCGGCGGAGAUCCAUUGGCUACGGCUGCAGAGAGUACGAUCAUUCCAUUCAACGGCGUUUCGGGAACUUUGAACACAUCCCACUGGUCCUCGCCUCCCUCCCGGGAAAGUGCCGCUGUGGCGCAGAGCGCUGCAGCCGCCAAGCUGCUCCAACCCGGGCGGCCCAGACCCUGGCUGCCAAACUCUGCUGCCCCCUUGUAGAGGUGACUGAUUCCUUCAAGCCGGUGAUGGAGAGUCUUGUCCAGGAAGCAGAGCGCAUCGACGGCAUCACCAAGCUUGCACCCGUCGUGGUCCCACGCAACUCUGCCAAACAGCCCUCCCUGCACCUGGGAGCUUGA